AUGGCUCAGGCUUGGGAGGCAAGGGCCUUGGACGAGGGUAUGGCAUCAAUGUAUUUGGGCGAGCCUCAGAGGACCCGAGCCAAAUACUGCAGAGAACCAAUGGAGCUCAAGUAUAUGCUAGACGAAUGUCGCCAACUGCAUUGGAUACAACUGGCUCCCAUGCUCGAAAACUCGGACAAUUUCCAAGAGCGCUGGGAAGAAGUCAAAGACGAUGAUCCGUAUCUAUGUCGUUGGGGCUUCACGAUGUAUCGCACGUACUACGGCCCUGGCUCUGACGAGAACUGGAAAACUCUGCUCGAGAAAGCAAAAGAGGAAACGUUUAAAGAGCUCGAUGAAUGCGAUCAUGACGACCUUGCCGCCAAACUCAAACCUAUCUUCCAAAUCGACGCGCGUUCUGACCAGAGUAUUCUCGAUGGUUUAAAUCUUAGAGAAUUGUGCAAAGUUUACAACGACAAAGUGGGCGGGGAUCCCAUGCGGCAACGAUUGGAAUCACCAGUCUUUCUUGUUGCCGACGAGCACAUCCUCAACCAGAUUGGCGAGGGUAAUAUGAUUGUCAAAUCCGUGGAUGCCGACUAUCCGCCUCGAGAGGAAAUACCUCUUCGUACGAGUACCGAAAAAGCUUGGUGGGGAUGGGGGAGAAUGGAGCUUCGUCAAAUACCUUGGCUUUGGAAAACGCUAGUGGGAGAAGACAGUCGAUACUGUUUUCCGUGGACAGUGCACCAAGCUGAUCUUGACAAUGUGAUUUGGGAGGAGGAUGAUGCAGACUGA